ACACGGUUUCGUUUCGUGGAUUCCUCUUUUGUUACUAAAUCGCUUAUUUUGAACAUUAUACAAGCAACAAAAAAGAGACAUAUGUCAAAGUAGAUUAUCACACGUUGAGAUUUAAUUAUACAUACACGUUUGGAAUCUCUGGAUGCAUAAAAAGUUACGCACAAGUGUGAUCUGGCUACCUGCAUAUGACGGAUUUUUCACAUUUGACAAAGUUAAGGAGAGUUUACUGAUAUUAAAACUACCACAGGAUCUUAUAAAAUGUAAAUAAUCGGGCCGCUGGAGAUAGUAAACGUUAUUCGCGUCAUGUCUUCUGACGAUGUGUCGAAGAGUGCAGAAAAAGUGUGGGGGGAAAACAUGAGCUCUAAUGAAGAGGUGGCGGCUGCAUCCAAACCUUAUUUUAUAGGGAAGAAAGAAAACAUCAUUCAAGCCAGACGAGUCCUGAAGUCAUUUGGUGGAAGAGAUGUUCUAGUGAUGUACCACCAGGGGGACUUCUAUGCUAUUGAUGCUCGUUGCUACCACUCUGGAGGUCCACUUCAGGAAGGAGAUAUAGAGGACUUUGAUGGACGGCCAUGCAUAGUGUGCCCAUGGCAUAAGUAUAAAAUUACAUUAGAUGAGGGUGAGGGUCUUUAUCAGGCAGUGGACCCUUCUGUGAAGCCUCUGAAACCAACUUGGUGCUCUAAAGGCAUUAAACAAAGAAUCCACACAGUGACAGAGUCUAAUGGAGACGUGUUCCUCACCUUAAACGACUCACCAGGGGCCAUUGACUCUGAUUACUAUCAAACUGAGAAAUAUAGAGACACUAUCUUGAAAGAAGGGGUGAAGAAAACGAAUUGACCUCACAGGAAGAGACAUCUGGGGGGUAACGCAUGUAAAACGACACCACUGCACUUUAGGGGUCG